UAUUAUUAUUAUACAACAACAACAACAAUUCGCAAAAAUUUAAUGUAGUAAUGUUUGUUAAUAAUAUAAAUUAAACUAAAUAAUAUUUACGUUCUUAUUUUUCAGGUUUUCAGGAGUCUACGUCGCAGACUGGGGGAUCUCUCUGUAGAGUGGAUUAUGUUAGACUUUGAAGCUGCAACUUGGCAGGCGAUAAGAGAGGUUUUUCCUGAUGCCGUGAUACGGGGAUGCGUCUUCCACUUUACACAGCGGAUAUACAGGAAGAUCACCACAGAGGGACUGAGUACCGCGUAUCAGCAACAUGGUGACAAGUUCGAGUUCUUCAGGAAAAUUAUGUCCCUUCCUUAUCUACCAGUUGAACAGAUUGAACCGGCAUUCAACAGGCUGAUGGAGGUAGCUGAAGGAGUCGGGGGUCCCGUACUGCGGGUAUGCGAGUACAUUUCCCGUACAUGGAUCCACGGCAGUGUAUGGCGACCCCUCAAUUGGUGCGUGUUUAGAGAGGAGGUGCGAACGAACAACGACUUGGAAGGAUGGCAUAGACGCAUCAACGCACGAGCGUGUUCAGCCAACCUCGGGCUUUACAAGUUGGCCAACCUUCUCAGAGAGGAAUCUGAGACUGUUGAUCUUCAUAUACGGCUGGUGAGCCAGCACCUUCUCACGAAGAUCAGGCGGAAGAAGUAUGUUACGAUACACGGCAGACUGCAUCAAGCAUGGGAUGACUACGAAGAAGAGAAGCUGACAACAACUGAACUUCUGAGGAUCAUCAGCCACAUCAAUGCCCUCGGACCAUCCACAGCGGUCCACCACAUGCUCGACGACGACGAGGCUUGAAAGAUGAACGACUGAUAUGGUUGAAAUGUAACAUUAAAUUGAACAGUGUCGUACAUGUAUCUAAUUUGUAUUAGAAAAUCUGAAUGAUAAAAAUGUGUGAUAAAAAUGUAAAAAUAUUGUAGUGCGUCAAAAAUGUAUCUAAUUAAUAUGUGCUUACUCCCUCAUUUUUUUUAAAUAACAUGAAAUAUUCAAAUAUAUAUAUAUAGUAUCCAAGGUUUAGUUGUUGCUUAUUUAUAUUAUAUGGUAAAUAAAACGGAUUACAAAGUA